GUCAGCUGACCGGCGGAAGCAGCGGGGAGAGAAAGGGUAGAGAAGACAAGAUGGCGGAGUGAGUGGGUUGCGCUUUCUACAGACGGUUGCGACCCUUUACGUUUGCUCUCAACGGCCCACAGGACCGGCACGAGGACGCAGCAGCAGCAGCAUCGACGUGUGACCACGAGGCCGUGUUUCUGCCACCCAGCGCGGAGGAGCAGACCUUCACCCGCCGCGGUCCUGCGACGGCGUUAGCUUCAUGCUAACGCUAGCUGCUACCAAGAGCUAGCUGCUAAUACGAGCUAGCUGCUAAUACGAGCUAGCUGCUAAUACGAGCUAGCUGCUACCAAGAGCUAGCUGCUAAUACGAGCUAGCUGCUGGAGGAGGAGGAGGAGGAGGAGGAGAGGAAGGCCCAAAGCCUGUCGCUGGUUUCGGGUUUAGUUUCGGGUCCGUGUCUCUCCAGCAGGUCUCUGAAGGAGACUCAGGCUGAAGACUCGUUCUCUGUCGUGAGACGUUCACGGUCGUUGGAGCUCUCGGGGUCUGGACGGUGUCUCCACGGUGUCUCCAGUCCUCGGUGUCCUCGGUGAGCAGGCAGCAUGGCGAGCAGCGGCGGCUCUAAGGCUGAGUUCAUAGUGGGAGGGAAGUACAAGCUGGUCCGGAAGAUCGGAUCCGGAUCGUUCGGGGACAUUUACCUGGCCAUCAACAUCACUAACGGAGAGGAGGUGGCGGUGAAGCUGGAGUCCCAGAAGGCCAGACAUCCUCAGCUGUUAUAUGAGAGCAAACUCUACAAGAUCCUCCAGGGGGGGGUCGGGAUCCCCCACAUCAGGUGGUAUGGCCAAGAGAAGGACUACAAUGUCCUAGUCAUGGACCUGCUUGGACCCAGUCUGGAGGACCUCUUCAACUUCUGUUCUCGCCGCUUCACCAUGAAGACGGUCCUUAUGCUGGCAGACCAGAUGAUCAGCAGAAUUGAGUAUGUACACACAAAGAACUUCAUCCACAGAGAUAUCAAACCAGACAACUUUCUUAUGGGCAUCGGCCGUCACUGUAACAAGUGUUUAGACUCGUCAGUGGGGAAGAGGAAAAGAAGCUUGGCUGUUAGCUCUUCUCAGGACCCAUCUUUCUCAGGAUUAAACCAGUUGUUCCUUAUUGACUUUGGUUUGGCGAAGAAGUACCGAGACAACCGAACGCGACAGCACAUCCCCUACAGAGAAGACAAGAACCUGACUGGCACAGCGCGCUAUGCCUCCAUCAACGCACACCUGGGCAUUGAACAGAGUCGCCGUGAUGACAUGGAGUCGCUAGGCUACGUGCUGAUGUACUUCAACAGAACCAGUUUGCCGUGGCAGGGAUUAAAGGCUGCCACAAAGAAGCAGAAGUAUGAGAAGAUCUCAGAGAAAAAGAUGUCCACCCCUGUUGAGGUCCUCUGUAAGGGUUUCCCAGCAGAGUUCGCUAUGUAUCUGAACUACUGCCGUGGCUUACGCUUUGAGGAGGCUCCAGACUACAUGUACCUGCGGCAACUGUUCCGCAUCCUUUUCAGGACUCUGAACCACCAGUAUGACUACACAUUUGACUGGACCAUGCUGAAACAGAAAGCAGCCCAGCAGGGGGCCACCUCCGGGGGCCAGGGCCAGCAGGCACAAACCCCCACAGGCAAGCAAACUGACAAACCCAAGCCUAACAUGAAAGUUCAGCAGGCAGUGAUGGCAGUGGCACAGAAUAAGUGCCUUGAAGAUCUCAAGUCCACCUAAACUGCAGUAAACACUGCAACUCUUCACUUUCACAGUUCAUAAAACUAAUCUUUAAGAGAUUAAGAGAAAGACGCCUACUUCUAACCUCUAUAGAAACAGAAAGUAACUACUCUUAACGCACUAAAAAGUAGACAAAUAACACUUCCGUGGUGUUGGUCCUGCCAGCUUCCUGCCUCAUCGUACCGUAUAACCAUCUGUACUAGACUGCUAGUUUGAUGUUGGCAUAAUGUCAUGGAGCGUGGUGGCAGGACACUCCUCUCCUGACAAGGAAACUUCUCCUGAGGCUGAAGGCUCUCUACAAGCUGUUCCAACAUGUCUCAUUUCUCCCCCCACCCAACUCACUCAUUAACAUUUAUCUAUUUGCUGGCUAUAAAGCACACACUGGUUUAGAGAACUUAACAACCAUCCGUAGUGUGAAUAUACAAUUAAAGCUUUUCAGUCCCCCCCUGUUAAAAUGAAGCUGCAUAAUGGGGACUGUGGCUCAGCGGUAGAGCUCAUUGUCCUCAAUCUGAGAAUCGGAUGAUCGAUCCCCGUCUCCGCUGGUUGAAUUCGAUGUGUCCUUGUAACCCCAAAUUGCUCCCCAAAGCUGUGCCUGCGGUGUUUGAAUGUUAGUCCUGAUGGGCAGGGGGCACCUUGCAUGGUAGCCCCUUUCCAAGAAAUGUCAGACCUGUAUUGUAUUUGACAGAAUAAAAACGCUCAAAAAGCUUCCAGAUUUCAUUUAAUCCAUUUAUUAUUUAAUUAUUGAGGCUUCUGGUAGAACAUUCAGUUGCUGCUUUCCACACUGGAGUUUCCAACCCCGGCAGGGUGAAGAGUGCCAUCAUUGUUUGCUAGAGUAGAAUCUGUUGUUUGAUGGUCUUCAUAGGUCUUAAUGUUUCUGCUGAAAAGUAGACACUGUUUUAGCUCUACUCAUACUCUGUUACAAUACUGAUCUAGCUAUUUCCUUUGUUUUUAACAAAUUGUAAUUUAAAAAAGCAGGUGACCCUUUUCUUUUUUUAAAUUGACAUAAACUUCUGCCCACAGCAGCAUCCGUGAUGUCUGUGCUGCCUAUCUCAGUGAGGCGUUCCUAAAUCAAGGUUCAAUCAAAAGCUGAUAUACAUGUGUAUGAAUCAUAGUCCUAAUACAUGCAGACAGUGCAGUGGAGAUUGUUUUUCACUGAUGGGUUAUCCACUCUGGCUUCACAACCCUCCUCGUUGAAUG